AUGGACAUAUCCUCCCGAUCACGAAAUAAGGCUGAGAUUUUACAGACCAUCCUACUUUCUUACAAUAUCCAGGAAAGUGGAGAGUGGAAAGAUAUGUCAGAUACCUCGAAAUAUCAUCUCUGUUUACUCAUAUCCAUGUUAUCGAGAUCAUCAUCGCCGAUCACUCCGAUCAAUCGAUCGACUGGUUCAUGCUGGUCGAUCGCUGAUCGAUCGUUGAGUCUCAAUUCCAGCGAUCAGCGAUCGAUCAGGAGGUCUGAUCGGAAUGUACGAUCGUUGCGGAUCCCUGGAGAUGACAAGCAGGAGACUCGGGAAGUCCAGGACAACCAGCAGACUAAUGUGGGACUGGCCAUCCUUCACCAUGCAUAUGGCAAAGACGAUGGAAACGACACAGAGGUCUCAACAGGCUUUGCAACGAGCUUCGCAUCAAGCUUCACAUCGAUCAGCCAUGAAGAACAGAUAAGUCCCCAGUGUCAGCCUAAGAUGCCACGCAGCCCUCCCUCGCCUUCAUCUUCCCGGAAAUUCAAGAAGCAUGUACCAAGUAGCAAGAGCCGGUCGAUUAUCGCAUUGAGCGUUCGUCUGUUGAUGAUGCCCGACCAGCCAGACGAGCCAAAGGCCAGACCAAGGACACAGGGCCACUCAGGGCACGCUGCAUAUGUCCUCCGGGCAUCGCACAGAGCACAAGCAUAA